AUGAACUCCUAUGGGGCAGCAAGUCCAGAAAGAGCAUUGACAGACCAGAACAGGGUCUGGUCCAGCUGCCCCGCCAUCCCACCCCGACUCCCUUCAGGCCCAAGGCACGGUUGCCCUGGCAGCACUGGACACGGCCAGGCCAAGUCUGUAGACACGCUUUCUUCCCAAAGGUCCUCACGAGGGUCCCCAGAUUCUCCCAGCGAGCUGCCCGUCAUGCUCAGGGGGAAACGUGGGAGCCUGGUGGGCGCCCUGGAGGAGGAGAUGCCCUUCAGGUUCCUGCAGCCACCAGAGGUGGAGGCUGAGCGGGUUCUGCUUCAAGGACAUCUUCAAUAUCAGAAGCCUCUGCGGGAAAACCCUAAGGUGUUCCUCUUAGAUUCUAGAGUUGACAGGGCUGUCUUUUUUACAGUAUGGCUAGACAGGACCUACACAGUGAGACUAACUGAUGCACAGCGGAUCUUGAGCAAGCAGAUUUCUCAAACAGUUGGAAAGAGGAAGUGUAAGACGAUCAUUAUUGCUGAUGAAAGUUUCCCAAGCAGGCCAAAGGCUCUAAAGAUCCUCCUCAACACCCAGAGUCACAGAAAGGAGUCUGUCCAAAUCUAUUAUGAGAAAGUGCAACCUGUGCUGAAGCUUGCAGGGAUAAAGACUGAUGUGACAAUGCCAUCUGCAGUGUGCCCACUCAUCCUGUCUCUACUGGCAUUUUCAGUGCUGUAUGGGCUAUUAGUGACUGUGGCAACAGAGAUGUGCUGUGACAGACUCGUUUCCUCUGAGGACCUGGGCUGUGGUCCUACAUUGGAAACUUGUUUUGCAAUGCAUUGCUGGGCUGUGCUAAAAUUGCUCACUGGCAUUUGAACAUUAGCAGCAAGUGUUGUCUGUGUUGGUGGAGAUGGAUCUGCCAGUGAAGCAGUCCAUGCUCUGCUGCUCAGAGCUCAGAACACUGCUGGGGUAGAGAUGGACUUCCUCCUGACUCCUGUCAGGGCACAGCUUCCCCUUGGGCUAACACCAGCAGGUACAACAAAUGUAUUGGCACAUUCUCUUUGUGGAAUUCUUCACGUUGUGACUGCAACUAUGCACAUUAUAAUGGACUUCAAGAUUGAGAUCAUAUUCUCACAAGAGGAAAAUGACCAGGGUGCACCUCCUUUGUCCCUGACAGAGAAAUACCAAUGGAUGUCCCUAGUCAGCAGAGAGACUUUGCUGUCUGUAGUCGAAGCAUUGGCCAAACUUCAGCCAGAGGAUUGCAAAAUAUCAUUUCUACCAGCUGGGUGCUCUCAGGAUGAACAAGAAAGAAAAGCAAAGCAAUCUCCAGAAUCUGAACGUGGUGGUCAACAGCAAACCAUCAAAGGGCAGUUCUUGAACAUCAGUAUCAUGAAUCCCUGUCUGUGUUUACUGGCACCCAGGGGCUUCAUACCUGACACCAAGCAAGCAAAUGGAAGCAUGGCUCUCGUAGUUGUUCUGAACACCACUUGACAAGAAUUUGUAAAGCAUCUGAAAAGGUACUCCAGCAUAAAGAAUCAGUUCAAUGUUCCCUUUGUGGAGACUUGUACCAUUGAAGAAGUAAAAAUUAACCCAAAGAAUGAUAGGAAUGAAUACAACCAGCCGGAGGAGGGUAGAAACCAUGCAACUGUCCCAGAAAACGCUUUUCCUUGGAAUGCAGAUGGAGACUUAAUGGAAGCUGCAUCUAGGUGCACACUAGUUCUCUUUUUAUUCAAGCUAGCAUAUAAAAUUGACCCAAGAAUGAUCAGGCUUUAUGGAAGAAGUUUGGAAGAAAUGAAUAAUUCCAAAGUAGCAUGA